CCCGUUCCCGCGAGAACGCGCCAAGCCGACAACCAAUCAAAACGACGUUUGCGCGGCUGGCCCGCCCCCUCACGCCCGCCCUCUCGCGACGUCAUCACUGUGCGACGGAUAUAAGGAUAUAAGGUUUUUGCCUAUCAGCGGACUUGCGGCGUUUUGGUCUCUGGAGAGUUGGGAGGGCGUGUGGGGGUCUCGGAGUAGUUCCCCAGCCAGCGGGCGCCAGCGACCCCGAAGAACCCUUCACUCCGGGGCGGCCCACCGCUGGCCUUGGGGUGAAGUAAAGGGAGCUUCGGGCUGGGGAAGGGGGAAAGUUGCGCAUCUGGGACUCUGCGGAGGCGGGCAGCGGUGGGCUGGGCCCCGGGAGAAGGGGCCUCAUGGCUUCGCUCGUAGAAGAAAGAGCAGAAGGUGGAUCUUAGAAAAACCAUCCCGCGCCAAAUAUUCGGAAGGCGUCUGUGUUUCUUGUCGUGGUCUGAUCCGCAUCUCGGGGCUACCCACCCGUGGCCUGGGCGAGUCACAUGUAGCAGUGGGGAUGCCGGGUACCAAGGAUUGCAUUUCUGAAGGCGUUACUACUUGAAGAUAAUGCAUAAGUGCAAUAGCGCAGAUUCGUACCCACGGAGGAGAGUCUUUUAAAAGCAGGGCACAGGGUCCUGGUCGCAAACGGUCUCCGUCUCUGCCUUAAUCUCUGGCUGCUGCUUUCCGCCGCGAUGAGCGCCCGCCCUCCCCCGAACCCCUCCGACCCUGAGCGGCGAGUGCGGAGCACGCUGAAGAAGGUCUUUGGGUUUGACUCCUUUAAGACGCCUUUGCAGGAGAGGGCGACCAUGGCUGUAGUGAAAGGUGACAAGGAUGUAUUUGUGUGCAUGCCCACGGGGGCAGGAAAGUCCCUCUGCUAUCAGUUGCCUGCUCUGUUGGCCACAGGCAUCACCAUUGUGAUCUCUCCUCUCAUCGCUUUGAUUCAGGACCAGGUGGACCACUUGUCGGCCCUGAAGGUACCAGUGAGUUCCCUGAACUCGAAGCUCUCGGCACAGGAGAGAAAGGAGCUGCUCUCUGACCUGGAGCGAGAAAAGCCCCAGACCAGGCUUCUGUACAUCACCCCAGAGAUGGCAGCUUCCGCCUCCUUCCAGCCCACGCUGCACUCCCUGGUGUCCCGCUGCCUGCUCUCCUACUUGGUGGUGGAUGAAGCUCAUUGUGUUUCUCAGUGGGGACAUGACUUCCGUCCUGACUACCUGCGUCUGGGUGCCCUGCGUGCCCGCCUGGCGCAUACCCCCUGUGUGGCUCUGACAGCCACAGCCACCCCACAGGUCCAAGAAGACGUGUUUGCUGCCCUGCACCUGAAGCCACCCGUCGCCACCUUCAAGACACCCUGCUUCCGGGCCAACCUCUUCUAUGAUGUGCAGUUCAAGGAACUGAUUUCCGACCCCUUUGGGAACCUGAGGGAUUUCUGCCUGAAGGCUCUUGGACAGAAGACCAAUAAAGGGGUGUUGUCCGGCUGUGGCAUUGUCUACUGCAGGACCAGAGAGGCCUGCGAACAGCUGGCUAUGGAGCUCAGUUGCAGGGGUGUGAGUGCCAAGGCUUACCAUGCAGGGCUGAAGGCAUCUGAUCGAACGCUGGUGCAGAAUGAGUGGAUGGAGGAGAAGGUCCCUGUAAUUGUUGCAACCAUCAGUUUUGGGAUGGGAGUGGACAAGGCCAAUGUCAGGUUUGUCGCCCACUGGAAUAUUGCCAAAUCUAUGGCUGGUUACUACCAGGAGUCUGGCCGGGCUGGCAGGGACGGGAAGCCUUCUUGGUGUCGUCUCUAUUACUCUAGAAGUGACCGGGACCAGGUCAACUUCCUGAUCAGGAAGGAAAUAGCAAAACUCCAGGAAAAGAGAGGGAACAAAGCAUCUGACAAAGCCACUCUCUGUGCCUUUGACGCCCUGGUGACCUUCUGUGAAGAACAGGGGUGCCGCCACGCUGCCAUUGCCAAGUACUUCGGGGAUGCACCGCCUGCCUGCAGCAAAGGCUGUGACCAUUGCCAGAACCCUGCAGCCGUGAGGAGGCAGCUGGAUGCCUUGGAGCGCAGCAGCAGCUGGAGCAAGACCUGCAUCGGGCCCUCCAAGGGGGAUGGCUUUGACCCUGAACUCUACGAGGGAGGCCGCAGGGGCUACGGGGGCUUCAGCAGGUAUGACGAGGGUUCUGGAGGCAGCGGGGACGAGGCCAAAGACGAGGCCCACAAGCGGGAAUGGAAUCUCUUCUAUCAGAAGCAGAUGAACCUGCGUAAGGGCAAAGACCCCAAGACAGAAGAGUUUGUGCCCCCAGAUGAAGACUGUCCGCUGGAAGAGGCUUCUAGCAGGAAGAUCCCCAGGCUCACUGUGAAGGCCCGUGAGCACUGCCUGGGGCUUCUGGAGGAGGCUCUGAGUAGUAACCGCCAGGCCACAGGGACCUCUGAUGGAGCCAGCCUUCUGGCCAAGGCUGUGGAGCUGGAACACGAGAUGUUCCGAAACGCCAAGAUGGCCAACCUGUACAAGGCCAGUGUGCUGAAGAAGGUAGCCGAGAUCCACAAAGCCUCCAAGGAUGGGCAGCUCUAUGACACGGGAGGCGGAGCCAAGAAGCGCAGUGCCCAGGCCGAGCCCUCAGAGCCCAGCGAGUACGACAUUCCUCCGGCCUCCCAGGUGUACUCGCUCAAAGCCAAGCGGGUGGGAGCUGGUUUCCCCAAGGGCUCCUGCCUCUUCCAGACGGCCACUGAGCUGAUGGGGAAGACUCAGCCCCAGGACGGAGCCCCCCAGCCCGUGCAGAGAGAGGAGCAGGAGCCCCCCAGCCAGCCCUGUGCUCUCCAGGACGAGGGCUGCAGUGAGCCCCUCCCUGGGCCCAGACCAAAGGCCUCUGGAGGUGGUGCCCACUGUGGGGGGCCCUCCCCCGAGAAGAAGGCAAAAGGCUCCCCAGGGAGCCAGUCUGUUGCCAAGACGUCGGCCAGCAAGAAACAGCAGCUCCUGGCCGCAGCGGCUCGCAAGGACUCUCAGGACAUCACCCGCUUCUUCUGCCAAAGGGCGGGGAGCCCAGCCCCGGGGGCGGAGGAUGCCAGCCCCGCCUGUGGGGGGGUGCAGGAGACGCCCCCGGAGAAGUGUGCGGAGGAGGAGGAUGGAGCCCGAGCCCAGGGACGUUUGCCUGCCCCUCUCCAGACUGAGGAGUGCCCUGGGGCGGGGCCGGGGAGCCAGGGGCCUCCAGCAUCCCAUCCUGGGCCACCAGAGGAGACACAGCGGGGCAAGCGGCCCAGACCCCAACAGGAUGACCCAGAGAGCCAGGCUCAGAAGAGGCCGUGCCCGUCAGCCAAGCGCUCUGUCUCAGCUGAGGCCAAGGGCAGCAUCCCGGCCAGUGACCAGGACAGCCGGAACCCCACCGCCCAAGGCCCCAGCCAGCUGUCAGCUCCUGGCAUCCCCCUGAAGGAAGCUGCGAACAUUGUGGUCAAGUGUCUGACACCUUUCUACAAGGAGGGCAAGUUUGCAUCCAAGGAGCUGUUCAAAGGCUUCGCCCGCCACCUGUCCCACCUCCUGACUCAGAGGCCCUCUCCCGGAAGGAACGUGAAAGAAGAGGCCCAGAACCUCAUCAAGCAGUUCUUCCACGGCCGGACCCGGUGCGAGAGUGAGGCUGACUGGCACGGCCUCUUUGACCCACAGAGAUGACCCCGCCUGACUGCCCUCCCAGAUGCUGCCGCACACCAGCCUGGCCUUGCUCUCCAGCGGGGAGGCCGGCGGGCUCGCUGGUGCCAAGGGCAUUCUCAGGGUCUUUGCUCUGUCUAACCACAGCUUGCUUUGGGGAUGGCCCCAGACACCUCCCAAAUCAAGAUCAGAGGCCAGGGGUCGGCCCACCUUCCUGCCUCCUAAGCCUGUGGUCCCGUCUCGCCCCCCCUGCCUCUCCUGGCUCCCAGGGCUUGGUUCUCUGGUCAGACGCCCAAGCUAGAAGGUGGGUGGGUGGCUGGUGUGCCUGCCGCUGGGUGGGAGGGGGGGUGGCCCCUCCCUCUCUCGUCAGAGAACUGUAAGCCAGGGUGAGGCCCACCUGUCCAGGGUGCUGGGGCCUGCUCAGGGGGAGCCCUUGCCAGGCCCCUUCCCUGAGGUGCCAGCCUCACCCCAGGCGCAGAGCUUGUGGGAAGGGGGGCAGCAGCCGGCCCUGCUCCCUCCCCCGCUGCUGGUAGGAAGGCCAGGCCCCACCGAGAUGUUUACAAGAGGAAUAAAGUCCCACGCGUGUGUCUGGGUAAACACGUGCGCGCACACA